AUGUGUUUCGAUUCGGGUGACAAUUUUGUGACACGAUUUAAUGAUACCUGUGAUGUUUUUCAACUUAAUCCUGGUUAUCUCCAUGAUGUUAAUUCAUCCACUAAUAUCACAUUUACGUUAACAAAAGCAGCGAUCUAUAUCACAAAUUGUUCCAUCAACAGUGAUAUAACUGAUAGCAGUUUGGAUUCACUUUUGGUACACAUUGGGAAGUUUUAUCAAGAGCACAUAGACGUGGUGUAUGAGUCUGUUUUUCCAGAAGUGCUUGAUCCAUUCAGCCGAUCGGUGGUUAUGGUUAAUUACGCUACUUGUGCAGUAGCUGUGAGUGGAUGGAUGCUGUUUGUUGCUCAGGCUUUAUCAAUAAGUAGGAAACCAAUUAUGUUGAGAAUUACAACGCUUUUUCUUGCAUCAGCGCAUACAUUUUUGCUUCAAAAAUUUAGCAAGCUCAUGAACAGACAGUUUAACGAGUGCUAUCAAGAUAAUUAUGAAAUGAUUAGACUAGUAUCUGAUUCUAUGGCGAUUAGUGCGAUAUACUAUUUAGGACAAAUACUUGUUUGGGCGAAUAGUGUUCAUUGUACACGAUGUAUUGUGCAAAAACUUUGGCAGCCACUUCCAGAUUCAACAAGAAGACAUGACUGGAGGAAUGUCCUCAAGUGGAGCUUGAUUGGAUACUAUUUUGAUGUUCUUUUGACCAUGAUUUCGGCUGGAAUAAUGCACUUUUAUGCAGUUCCCUUUGAAGACUUCCCUCUAACAUACGGGCCAAACAUUUUAGAGAUAGUUACUACAUGCAUAGCAUACCUUUACAUCAUAUUCAUGUUUUCGCUAUUCGUCAUGACCAGGAUCUCGUUUUCAUUUCGUUUUCAAAGUAUAGUUCUAAUCAUUCUAAUAUUUGCCGCGUUGUUCCUAGCGGUAAUCUUGAAUAUCAUCUGGUUGGUCGGUUCCAAGCAAAACAUGAAAUGGCUAAUCGGCGUCUAUUUACUAUUUCAAUUGAUUUCAACUGAUUUAGUCUACGAAUUUCUUAUUAAUUGUCAGUUGUAUGACACGGAGAUUGAACGAAGAAGAAUUGUGGGUCGGCGUAUUUCCGUGAGGCCGUUGAAUUUCUGGAAGCACAAGAAAAAAGAUGCAGUCGAAUUUACAACACGCAAUAAUUCUUGCAAACCUUUAGAACGUGAUCAUACUCGGGCUGUUAUACCCGCAUAG